AUGGCUGUGUGUAUGAAGCAGCUGCAGGCGGCGCAAAGAUUCCUAAGUGGAAUUCGCGAGUUGGCGACGUAUGCCAAUUUUGUUGAGAAGCAGGCUGCUGGCGUAAAGAAAUCUUUGGAAAAAAUGCCGGCAGUGAGUCCAGGGGAAGCCGCAGGACUUCUUGGAGCUAUAGAUCCACAGGUCUGGAGCCCUUCCCACGUGGAAGGGUUUCGGUUGCUUUUGGCGAGCAAGACGAAAGCUGUGGUUGCAGAUAAUGUGCGUACGACGCAGCAAGAUUUUGCCACUUUGCCUUUUUUUUUGACGGAAGAAUUAUGUCAGAAAAUUUUAGGUGAGGGUACUGACAGAGAUCAGUUGCUUUUUGACGUGUGCGCCCACGCGGCGAAGCUGACGUUGCGGGUUGCAACGGAAGGUAGCAAAGCAACGAUUAUCGCGUUGGCCUACUGGACACAGUUAUGCCAAGGAAUGACUGCGAAGGAAAAAUACAACUUGUACCUGCAGAAGAAGCCCGUUGUGACAAAGUACUUGUCUGUGCCUCCAUCGUCCACGACCAUUUUGGAGUUGCCUGUGUCAUGGAAAGAUUUGCCCAGUGAAGUUGCACAGUCUGUGUUUCCUACGGGGAAACCGAUGGAGCGGAAGGAGUUUGCUGCUGAUGUCAUGCAAUUCGUGCGCAAUAUGCCUUUGCGAAAGGAUCAUAAACUUCUGCAGGGGGAAGCGGACAUCGCUGCAGGUUCUGUGUCCUCAGGGUCUGCAUCGUCUGGCUUAAGUGUGGAUGCGAUCUGCAAGGUCGUAGAAGCAUGUUCGCGGGGAAUGCAGAAUGCUGGGACACAGCAAGUAUUAUCGCUGUCGAGUCCGGUAACAUGUCCGGUGCCUGCGCAAAAGGAGCUGUUGGCGAUUGAAGAUGGUCUUGUGGAAGAGAAGACACCUACGGGGUGUCUUCCAAAAAAAUCUGUGCAAGACGAGCAGAAGGAUCCGGAGAUGUCAGUGGAACAGCAGUUGGAAGCAUUACAAGGCAACGCUCGUUUGUUGGAGGAAGCAGCUUUGAAACGUCCUGCGUCAAAGAAGGGCUUGAAGCGGCCAGCAGCUGCAAAUGGCACGGUUGCGUACGCCGCAAUUUGUGCCGCUGAGGGAUCUACGGGAUCAUUGCAGGGAGGGACUGGCAGGGGAAGGCCAAUCAAAAGCUCUUUGCUCAGAGGGCGCAAAGCACCAGCCCCACUUCGUAGUGAUUUGCAACCAGACGGAUUGGACAACCUCGAAGGUCUCGACAAGCUCAAGACCGAAUUGGCAAACCAAUUAUAUGAAGGAAUUACGAAACUGAUUCUUUUUGCAGCAGGAUUGGACAUUUGCGUUGUUGUGGAGAAUCCUACUAACAGUCUUUACUGGAAGACUUCAUUUGCGCAGAAAUUCCUCACAAUUUUAGGUGGUUACAUGACGGACUUCCAUAACUGUUGCCACGGUGGCUCCCGAGACAAGCUUACUUCCUUUUGGAGCAACAAGGAUUGGAUGCAACCACUUCAAAUGUUUUGUGAUGGCCAGCAUCAGCACCAAAGCUGGAGACCAAAGAUUCGAGAUGGACGCUUGGUUUUCCCCACAGCCGAAGAGGCAGCAUAUCCCUGGCUUCUUUGUGCUAGAAUCAUUAACUUGGUCUUGGACAUGGCUCAACGUUUUGGAGCCGUCAUGCAUGUCGACAUCUCAAAAGAUCAGACAGUGGAAUGUCACCAUGUGGGGGUCCCACACGACCCUAUGGCCUUUUUGGAGAAGGCAAUUGAUGCAGGACACCCCAAAGAUCUGGAAAGGCAUGUUGACCCCACAAUGCAUGAAGUGCUCAUGGAUAAUUUCCACAGACCACCACACUUGUUGGCAGGUAGGCGCAUUGACUUCAUCAAGAAGUACACUCAACUCGCCACGACAUCCAAAGCAGAAGAGCUUAAACUGAGACUCAAGAUGCCGCCGCACAUCCGGAAGUUGAUGAAAGGGAAGAGGCUUCAUUUACUGGGUGUUAUGCUGGCUGACUUGGGUUUUCCAGAUAAAGAUCUUUUACAUGGCCUCUGCAAUGGGUUCAAGCUCAGUGGAUGGAUGCCUGACUCCAAUCUUUUCCCGCGCAAGGUGAGAAACCCUACACUGACUGUUGAUGCGUUGAAGCAAUCCUCGAACUCCUUCAAUGAGAAAGUCAUGCAACAAAUGAGCAUCCGACAGGAGGGCGUGCUCGAACAGGACACCUGGGGUGAGACUGAGCAUGAGAUAGAGCAGGAUUGGAUUUGGGAGGACACCACCUCCGACUGGACUGGGAAGUCGGUUGCGCGGAGAUUUGGGAUACGACAGGGAGGAAAAACCAGAGUCAUAGAUGACUGUACGGUUUGUGGCUUGAACUUGACGGUGGGUACAAAAGAGAAGUUUGCCUUACAAUUGAUCAACUAUGUGGAAUGCUGGACCAUAGCUUCAAGUGCUCGAAAGGGCAACACUGCAAAGUACUUGUGA